AUGGCUUCCUUUGGAUGGAAGAGAAAGAUUGGUGAGAAGGUAUCUAAGGUAACAUCCCAGCAAUUUGAAGCUCAAGCUGCUGAUGAACAGGGCCUGGUUGAUAAUGGUGAAGUUGAUUGGCUUCAGGAGGCCAAAAGGAAAAAGGGGCUUCUUCUGGAAGAUUGCGUAGCCCAAAGUAAACACCUGAAGGAUGAAGGUGCAAUUUUAGCCGAAAAUGGAAGGUACCAGGAAGCUCUUCACAAAUGGGACGAAGCACUUCAGUUAACCCCUGAAGAUGCCACUCUGUAUGAGAUGAAAUCACAGGUUCUGAUGUCUCUACAUGAAAUGUUUCCUGCCGUGCAGGCAGCAGAGAUGGCUGUCCAGAGAGAUCCCCGUUCUUGGGAAGCAUGGCAAACGUUGGGGCGGGCUCAGCUUGGAUUAGGAGAAAUCACGUUGGCUAUUCGAAGCUUCCAGGUUGCCUUGCACAUCUAUCCGCUCAACUCCGAAUUGUGGAACGAAGAUCUUUCCUGGGCAAGAAAAUUACAACAACAGAAAAAAGCAACCAAAACUGAGACAGGAACACAGGGGGAUGAGACAAAAACUUUGGAGGAACCAAUCCCAGAUUAUGAUUUUGAAAGCGAUGAGAUCUUGGCCGUGUGUGCCGCCAUUGCAGAAAAAGAAAAAAGCACUUUGACCUCUAAAAGUGUAGUGAUUGUAUCCGCUUCGGGGACCAUUGAGACUGUAACCGAACAAGAGGAGCGUGCAACAGUCCCUGAUGGUGCUGUGUUUAUCAAAGCCCGAUAAUCCACAUAGUUCCUUCCUGUAACAGCCGUAAAUUUGAGGAGUGGCUGUUGCUGUUGUUGUUUUACUUGCUUUCCCUUUUCUUGGAGCCCUAUCUUGAGUCACUGAGCAUUGGAGAUCCCCAUUCCAUCAAAUUAAACUUCCGGAGGCUCAUGUGUCCUGUAGGACUAGAGGAGGCAGAAUUUGGAAAACCGAACAUCAGUUCAUUGUUGUUGCCUGUCUCCCACAUUGAAUGCUACUUUGCAAACAACACCUUUGAAAAUGUGGUGCCUUCCUAACACAACAGCCUCCAUGUCCCACAAUCCACACACAGCGUGGUUCUUGGGGAUGAUAGCUGAGGUUCAUGGAAGGUGAUGUGCAAUCCUCCCAAAAGGCAUCUCCAUUGUGGAAACCUGGUGUUCUGUAUAGAAAGAAAACAGAACAGUGUGUGUGUCUGGCAAUAGUGGCUUUGAAAUAGGAACUGGAAGUGUUGGGUCUGUGUUAUGUUUAUACUGCCAAAAAUUUAUAAAACCAGAAUGGCUUUGUAAGCUUGCUUAGCAAUUCACUAACAUCUGUUCCUGCUGUGAUAAAGCAAAGCAGGGGGUGCGGCAAAAUCUUCACGGGCUUUUACAGUUGUGGUACGGAAUGUGCGGAACGUGUUUCAGUCUAUAGUCUUUUGAGUCAAGGUCAUUCUGUUAACUUAAUAUAGUGGCUCUCAGAUGUAGUUCUCAGAUGCUGCUUUGCAUGCAAGAUACUCUCUUUUGUUUUUUUUUUCCAAAUCCAGUUUUAAAAUACUGUGUAUUCAUGCGCUCGAACAAAAUACAUGUAGUGGCCUUAAUGCUUCCCACUGUCGACGGACUUUUAAAAAGGGAUUGUUUUCGUGAAGUUUAAAGUUCAGGUAUUCCUUGUUUGGUGAUGAUAAUUGGGAUCAGGAACUCCAUCCCUAAGCUACACCAUCCAUGGAGUAUGAUAUCAUGUGACCACUCGGAUUUACGAUGGCAGUUUCGGCUGUCCAGUUGCUGCCGUUGUAGCAUAAUAAUAAUAAGGAGCCUCUGUGCCGCAGA